AUGGCAGAGGAGCUGACGCAGCACAGGAAAGGCGAGAUGCUGCAGGUGUGCCCAGGGACGGCUCCACAGAUCAGUUCAAAAGCUGGCGACCCUGAGCAUGUCUCCAGGAGUGAUGAGGCAACCGGAGGCUCCUUUGGCAGUGAUGAGAAUGUACAGGUGUGGCCAGAUGGUGCGAGCGACUCCCAACGCAUCAUUGGGGGCUACAUAGUUUCACCCCACUCUUCCAAGUACCUGGUCUCUCUGAAGAGGAAUACAGGGUACCAUUUCUGUGGUGGAGCCCUCAUCAGUCGGAACUGGGUCCUGACCGCCGCCCACUGCAAAACAGGAAUCCACCAGAUGCUGAUUGUAGCCGGGGAAUAUUCGCUUUCCACAUUUGAAGGCACGGAGCAGAUCUUCCGACCUGCCCGCAUGGUGGUCCAUCCAGACUACAGCGCCACUUCCAAAAAUGCAGACAUCAUGCUUAUCAAGCUGAACCGGCCGGUGGCCUACAGCCCCUUUGUCUCCAUCGUGCCCCUUCCCCAGCAAGGAGCCACAGUCCGGGACGGACGUUUCUGCCAAGUCUCUGGUUGGGGUUACACCACUCCCAUCGGGGGCAGGACGUCGGACACUCUGCGCAGUGUCCACCUCCCCAUCAUCUCCACGUGGAAGUGCAACAGCUCCUCUUCGUACGCCGGGUACAUCACCAGGAACAUGAUCUGCGCCGGGUUCAACACCGGGGGGAAAGAUGCCUGCCAGGGCGAUUCUGGGGGCCCCUUAGUGUGUGAAGGGCGUGUUUUUGGGAUCGUUUCCUGGGGCCACAGCUGCGCCAGCCCCAGAUACCCAGGUGUCUACACGGCUGUCUCCAACUUCCAAAAAUGGAUUUACAAGACCAUCUUCAAGAAAUAA